CGACGAUCAGCCAUUACUAGUCCCUAGCCUGUGUCGGUCACGGUCGGCAUCUUGUUGCCAUUCACUCUCGUCAUCGUCCCACCGAGGGGACGACCGAAACGACCCCGCGCCUGCACUGGUAGAAGAAGACUCCCAUUUUGCGUCGACUUCCAAGUCGUCAAUGGCUUGGGUUGGAGCAGGCGGCGGCAAGGACGACUCCAACAUUUUGGCUUGGGCUCAAAACAUCCCCGCGGGCGCCGUCCCGCAGAACGACAUCAUCCCCUUCUCCCCACCCACCGAUAGUUCCCUCCCCUCGUCGUCCCGGUCGUCCAUGAAAUCGAAAGCCUCCUCGCCCAGCCGCUCCAAUUCCUUCCGCCCGCCUUCCCUUCUGCAACCGGUCGCGCCCUCACUAUGCAUGUCCACGCCCCAUGCCGCGCGGCCCAAACCAUCACUACCCAUCCUAACUCCCCAACAACACAUCGCUACCCUUACAGGUCCGAGACAGUCGCGACGAAAAUCCCUCGGCGACUUGAGCGCCAGCGCGGAGUCCUCCAUGCUCAUCAGCCCCCCUGACUCGGAUGACGGCGACGAUCAGGGCGUUCCCGAUUUCGUGUAUGCGAGCGCGCAAGGCAAGAGCGGAGUUCAAGAGGGCGUCAUGAAGGCCGCUCACACCUUCAACCACGCGAAGACGUACCUGGCUGGAGCCAUCCGCUCGUGGUACUCAUCCUCUCUCGCUGCCCCUUCCGUGCCGCUUCCGUCCAGAGCAGACGCGAAAGAGAGACAGCAAAAGUCCGUUACGCCUGUUGCGCGCACUGCCGUCCGCGCACCGUCACCACACCGUUCGAUUCCCCUCUUCCCUCAACACCGAAGUAAACUUGAGGCGACUUCGCACGCCGGCCGAGUACCUUCACCCCUCCACCUUCCCGACGAAGAUCUCCAGAUGUCAAUUUCUCCCCUAUGCCAAUCGCAACUGCAAAAUCCGCAUGCCGGGAAUUCGUCGCAGAUUCCUUAUCCAUCCCCAUCCUCGUCUUCCUUCGACGCUCGGGAGCGCAGACCCGUUGGCGUGCAAGUCGAGAGCUUGCACCCAGCGUUCCUGACUAGAGGGAGGAAGGGUCGGUCAUGAGCGACGGCCUCUUCACAGUGCAUAUCCCACUCUGCAAAAUCAUAGACUUCACGCCUCGGCAAACAUAGAUGGAUCCGGUUUCAUUUCAGUCCCCUCAUAUUCGGCGGCUUUUUUUGGUGUAUGUUUAUGGCCUACGUUUCUAUCGGCAAGAUUUCAAUUUCAUCUGUUCCUCGGUCGGCAAGUCGCGCGCGGGCAGCACAUAGACGGAUUGCGGUUCCCUUCAGUACUUCUUGUUUCAGUCUCGGACCUCUCGACGACUACAACGACCCUCAUUUCCUGUUCCAUACCAUGCCGUCUCUGUCAGCACACCAAUCCCCCCUUCUCUACCUUCUCGCAUCAAUCACUCGCAUCUUCUCGCCAUAUUUUGGGCCUGAGCCUCUUCCCCUUGACCUUCGACCCGCUUUGCCGCACGUGACUGCCUUGCGACUUCGGAACUCAAACCCUCGUUUCCUUCAGUCGGACUUCAUUUCCCUCGCCUUCUCCCGCGGUCCCAAAAUAUAUGGUCUUCGCACGGAAUCUUGGCUUAUCGCAGGGCUUGGGUCUGGAUAAGCUUUGUGUUUGCUGGACAUGGGAUCUCGGGGACUGCCUGGAUAUCGACCGAGCGACCGAAAUGUGCGUUUCGCCGCGCAAAGUUCCUGUUCCCUGCCACGGGGCCGAAAGGAAGUCAAGGGUGUGUGAGCGUAGCGCAGCACCCCAUCGUCAUCGACGCUUCAUUUUUGCCGUCGCCCACCUCUUCCCCGCUUCGUCGUCGUCAACGUCGUCACCGAUUCAGUCUGCCCUUGUUCUUGAGCACGGAUCCCGUCAGUCUCCACUACCCCGUUCCACGACUCCCCUUCCCCUCCCCGCACGUUCCAGUGUAUUAUCCCAUCGAGCAGAAUGGCUCCCAAUUCCCCAUCUCAACCUAAACCCAGAAAAAGGACUGUCUGUUUGUCGGACUCGUACGCAAUCAUUCGCUGUUUAGUAUACGUAUGUCAUGGUGUUUUCGUGUUGUGCUAUCUUGAUAUCCCUUUCGAAUUUGUUGAGGUCCAACACCUCUGCCUUGUUUUAGUUCAGUCGAUCUGUGCUUUCGCAUCAUUCGUUCGAUUGGUCGGGUCGUUCGUGUUCAUCAUCGUGCGCCUUCACUCGUAUUUCAAGCCUUAUACCAUGACGACGGAAAAUCAAUAGUAGGAGCCAUUGUACGUUCCAUUAUUAGUGUAUUGUAUUCACCCUAGCACCCUUAUAUCCCCU